GACGUUCAGCAUUCACGACCGGCACGUGCAGACGCCGUGACAGCAGUAGCUCCAGCGCACACCUCCUGCGGUGGCCAGCACCCAGUCGUCUCAAUGGAGGAUCACCCCUCAGCACCUCUCUCAGUCCUCUAUGGAGCCACCCUCAAAACGACCCAGGACGGGCCCAGCUUCAUAUGAUGGGGACGAUGACGACGAUGUCGCAGAGGACGAGCUGUCCAUGAACCCUGUACAGUUCGACAUUGAGCAGGAUCCGCUUUAUGAGCUCGACAGAGGCCGUGCCAACGCGGCAUCCCGCCUCAAGUCGCGCUUCGAGGACAUCUUUGCAAAGUAUGAGAAGGACUUUACAGGCAUUGGCGAUGAGAUCGACUUUCACACCGGAGAGGUGGUGGUCGACAAUGGCCACAUCGAGGCUAUUCUGCAGCAGGAGGACGAUGAUGACGACCACGGCGGCGACAGUGGCAGCGAUAAUGAUGCCAGUGACACGGAAAUGGACUCGGCCUCUGACGGUUUCGUGCCUGGCAUGGCCUUACAGGAUCCUGUGAGCACGGCUUCUGACAGCACGAAAAACCAUUGGACGCUGCCGGCAGAUCUACCCGACCUCGACAGAGCCGAGGCGCUGGGUCCGCCGAAGAACGGUAGCUUUAGAUCAGACAUGUCGACAGGUGCGUACCAUGGCACAAGCAUGGCAAGCGCACCGCCUCUGCUCAAUCCAGCACUCCUGCAGUACGACAGCUUCGGCCAAGCUCGCAUGCGACGAUCGCUGUCCGACAUGCUGAGUCGCUACAGCCACUCUCGUCUCACCAAUGCCAAGUCUUUUGUGCAGGCUCAGAAGUCCACAACCACUCUCGGUGCCAUCCACCAUUCCUCAUCGACCAGGGCGGCUACGAUCGGCCAACGUGGCAUCUUGUCUUAUGGGGUGCCAGCAUAUGCUGCCAAGCAGUCUCAUGGAAACGAAGAGUCGAGUCGGAAGCCCUCUCGGCGUCCGCUAGCCGAGAAGGCUUCUGCAAACGUCGCAAAGAAGGUCAAAGAAUUGCGCAAGAUCCGAAACAGCGCCAAGGCCAAGAAGAGCGAAGCAAUCCGCGCAAGGAAACCGAAAACGGUCCCUGAGACUGAGGGCACCAGCAAUCUUGUGGCAGACGACGUGGUCGUGGUGAAGAGGAAACGCGGCAGACCCCGAAAGGUCCGCUUGCCAGACGAGAACGAGACCGGUCUGCCCCUCCGAGUGGAUCAGACUCUUGCAUUGAAAGAUGCUGCACCCCAGAAGUCUGUGAAGCAACGGCAGAAAUCGGCCCAUAGGAAAGGGCCCGAGGAGGUGGAGGCUGCUCCAGAAGAUGGAGAUUUGCCUGUUAUUUCCGAUACUAUUACUGUUCCGGUCAAGAGAGCUUAUAGAAAGAGCCUCACGUCCCGUAGGCGAAAGCCCGUUGGGGCUACCAAGAGGUUGGCUACGAAACCCACGGCCAGAAGGAAAAAACUGCGACUAGUCAGCGAUGCACAGAGGAAGUCGGGUCGAGCUCGCAAGCAGACCGAGUUCUAUGGCGAGUUGAUUUCAACACUGGAAAUCGAACAGAGCCUGUUGGAGUCUGAUGACGACGAUAACGGUGAGCUGAGGCACUCGCUGCGUGGACUUCGCCCGAGUCAUCUGCAGAACGACGUCCAAGGGACACAACACGGCCGAGAGCUCUCUCCUGAUCUCUCGUCGCAGAGGAUAAUUCGAGACUCUCAGGAGCCAGCGUCAUCUUGGCCGACCGUGAGCACAUUUCGUGCAACAAGUCAUGAAGUACGCUCGCCUCUGCGAGCAGGCGGACUGGUUGUUCGAGAUUCGCAGGAGCCCAGCUCAUCCAUUCCUAUUCCGGACGCCUGCUCCCCGAACAUUGCAUCCCAACCACACGAGACAUUUCGGAGGAACGAAGUUGAUCCUACAUAUGGGUUUUCAGACGAUGAAGACACAGACCUGGGCGUACGACAUCCUUUGCGCGCCUCCCAAAUACGCAACGACUGUCCUGUACCGAUGAAUGAGAAGUCUAUUUCCCCAGGACCACCCUUGCCAGUCAUUGCACAGGUAAGGCAAGCCUCGGCUGAAUCAUUUGGCAAUGUCAACAACGCUAUCUUCACCUCGAGCAUAUUCGAACCCUCGGGUGAGGCUCUACCUCCGGCUGCUGAGGGCACAAUCAAUGUGAUGGAGGAUAAGAUGCCCUCGCCUUCAGUACGGACCAGCAUGACUCCGCCUCCAAAGAUAUCACCAACAAAAGGCAUGGCCACAGAAUCCUUGGAGCACAAUACACCGGAUUCAGGAGCAGGUGAAGAUGCAGAUGCGUCGCUAUUAGGAGCGCGCACUCGCAGUCCCCGGCGCAGCAGUCACUUGUCUUCUCGGUGCAACUCACCCACCAAUACUCCAUAUGAUGAUGACACAGCGGCCGCAGCAAAGAUCAACUUCGAACCUCAACCAAUAACCGAGGGCAAUGGUCUUGUUUCGACAGAAAGGUCGUCUUCUUUGACGGCAACUGGACCUGAAGAUGAACCCAUCACCCCGAAGGAACACAGAUUCAAGGAGAUCAAGGUUAAGACAUCUUCGUACGUCAGGAGGCGCGUGCUUGCGUUGAGCAAUUUGGUCCCCGAUCCAUCAGCUGUGGAUGGUGACGAGGACGAACUGAGCACAGCAUUCCCAGCCAGCUAUCGCGGUUCUUCAGGUGAUCCCAGUCAGCUUACGCGAUCUGGGAUCGCAGAUCGCCAGAGGUUUUCUACGCCACCUGGUCGACCGUCCACACCUGAUGAGACCUCCAAAGCGACACGCAGGCGCCGGAGUCUUCAUGCAAAUAGUAAGCCCGCUAUUCAUACUGGCUCAGUCACAGCUGCAGACGCCUCCGAAUCUGCCGAAGCCGGUGUUCCACGACGACGAAAGACUGGGUUUGGUUUUGAGAACGCUCGUGGCGUGGAGCCCCGGAUGUCGUCUGUCACGCCUCAAGUUCUACCGUGUACCGCGGCUGCCACCGCGAAUCGCUCGACGGGGGCGAGAUCCAAAUUAGUGACUCGGAGUAAGCCUGGUCUAAGUGUCCCGGCCGGCAGCAGCCCUUCAAAGACCACGCAGAUCUCGCCUCUAGCUCGGAGGACGCUUACGAGUGGCGGCAUAAAUCCAGCAGUUGUCACUGAGACACCGAGCAAUCGAAAAAGAAGGAGACACAUAGGAGAUGACGGUAGUGAUCAAAGCAAACCUCAGAUCCGGGAGGACGACGACGUCAGCCACGAAGAUGGUGGCGGUUCUUCAGAGGGCGAGCUCGUCCAGACUCCCGGAGGCACGAUGCGGCGCUGCGGCGUUGGAGGAUUCACCUGCGAUCGAGACUUCUGCCUCGUGUGCUGUAUAUGACGAGGACCAGAACGACGGCCAGAAAUGAGCGGCCGGGAAACACGGAACACGAGUGGCAAUAAAAAGUCACCAAGAGCCGUUUUUGUCACAAAACACCCCGACGAAUAAAUGUAAAUAAAGAAAAAGAGUAAUUAGACUUAGAUACCCCCAAAUCCAGCGGUGACGUUCUUGCAAAAAGAGCCGAUGAAUCACCAAGGCGACGAAUAUUGGCCGAAACUAGCACGUGAGCCAGACAUGGCAACGUGCUUUUACAAAACAAAAUCAAUCCCAUUCCUUUGCAAACCCGAAAGAUGUAG